AUGGACAAGAAACCUUCCGGUUCGAUUCUCGACUGGGCAGACAAGAGUGGCGAGUUCAAGCGACAACAGAGUGUCUUCAGAAGCUGGAUCGAGAACAAACCCAAUGCCGAAUUCCCACCCGAGAAAGGUCGAUACCACCUGUAUGUCUCGUAUGCGUGUCCAUGGGCGCAUCGGGCACUCAUUGUGCGCGAAUUGAAGGGUCUGAAUGACAUCAUCACGUACAACAGCGUGCACUGGCACAUGGGCGAGAAAGGCUGGCGUUUUGCGACUGCGGAUGAGAAAGUCCCGGGAGAGACGACGCCGGAUCCUCUUCACAAAGACUUCACUCACUUACGCGACAUUUACUUCGAGCAGAAUCCCGAGUACGAAGGCAGGUUCACAGUGCCGACGCUCUACGACAAGAAGACGAACAGAAUCGUAAGCAACGAGAGUAGUGAGAUUAUCCGCAUGUUCUACACAGCUUUCGACGACCUCAUUGAGGAGCAGUACAAGAAUGUGGACUUGUUCCCAAAGGCCCUACAAAAGGAUAUUGAAGCAAUGAACGAGUGGGUGUAUCACGAUGUGAAUAACGGCGUAUACAAGUCAGGCUUUGCUACGUGA